AUGGCGACUCCUACCGUCGACCUCGACCAGCUCACCGAGGACCAGCAGCUGGCCCUGCAGCAGUUCUCCGCCGUCACCGACCAGGACGUCGAGUCGGCCGUGCCGCUGCUGCAGCGCUGCCAGUGGAACGUGCAGAUAGCCAUCUCUAGGUUCUUUGAUGGCGAACCAGCCGAGCCCGUCGUCCCCGAAGAGACCAUCCCUCCACCGCAAGACACCCGGCGCGCAGAGACGCUUGCGAAUGGCUUCGGCAGACCCUCUGCAGGCCGGCGAAACCUGGAACCAGCUCCUCGCGUGGUACCGCAGCCCGAGAGCCAGGUUACGCAACAGGCACCCUUCAUCCUCUCUGUCGUGACCUUUCCAUUCAGGUUGGCGUACGGCGUUUUCUCCAAGUUCUUUAGCGUUUUUACCUGGCUAUUCCCCUUCCUACCGCGCAUGUUCGCAGCAAGGAGCACAUCGCAGGCGCGACGACGAGACACGAGCGGGCGGCGACCGCUGAAUUCCCGGGACACGGCCGCGCGCUUCAUACGAGAGUUUGAGGAAGAGUACGGCAGUCACAAUCUACCCUUCUUCGAGGGCGGUUACGCGCAAGCCUUUGAUCAAGCCAAGAAGGAGCUCAAGUUUCUAUUGGUUCUGCUGGUAUCGCCGGAGCAUGACGACACUUCGUCCUUCGUCAAGGACACGCUGCUCGCUCCGGAAGUCGCAAACUUCAUCAAGGACCCGCAAAAUAACAUCAUCAUCUGGGCCGGAAACGUUCAAGAUGCCGAGGCGUAUCAAGUCUCGGACGCGUUGAGCUGCACCAAAUUCCCGUUCGCAGGCCUCAUUGUUCACACGCCAGCUGUAUCGUCAACCGCGAUGUCCACGGUCGCUCGCAUCGUUGGCCCUACGCCGCCUAAUUCCUUCUUAUCUAAGAUUCAAACAGCCAUCGCGCAAAACUCCGAACCACUAAAUAGGGCGCGCGCGACGAGGGCAGAACAUCAGGCAGCACGGAAUUUACGGCAGGCACAGGAUACGGCAUACGAAAGGUCGCUGGCUCAGGACAGGGAAAGAGCAAGGCAAAGGAAAGAAGCUGAAGAAGCAAGGAAGCGCGAGGAGCGGGAACAAAGAGAAAGGGAGGAGGCAAAGGAGAGGGAGGCGCGCAACCUCGACCAGUGGCGGAAGUGGAGGGCGCGAUCUAUCGCCCCUGAACCGAGCGAGGAUGCCGUUCGGAUCAGCCUGCGUAUGCCGUCCGGCGAUCGCAUCAUUAGGAAGUUCGCUUCGGAUGCUCAAAUGGAGGAGCUCUAUGCCUUUGUUGAAUGCUACGGCGUUCUCCAAGGCGACGUCCCGUCUGAAACCGAGAAACCGACGGGGUACGAGCACGAAUACAAAUUCCUGCUCGUCUCUCCCAUGCCGCGCGAGGCCUUUGAGCUCGGAAAGGGUGGUAGCAUCAAAGAACGCAUUGGCCGCAGCGGCAACUUGAUUGUCGAGCGGACGGACAUUGAGUCUGACGAAGAAGAAGAAGAAGAGUAA